AUGAAGAGGGGUUUCUUCAGGCCCCGGCAUGUCUUCUGCCAGGUCUGUGAAACAAGAUUGAAAUGUGGAGUUCGUCCUGUUGACUUGGAGAACCAGAAAAAUUUCCUGCUGUCUGGAUUCUUUUCUAGAAUUGUUGGAGGCAGAAAUUCAGUGGCUGGGGGGCAACCCUGGCAGGUAUCUCUCAAGUUGGGUCGUUUCCACUUCUGUGGUGGCAGUUUAAUACAAGAAGAUGUGGUUGUAACUGCAGCUCACUGCGUAUUCACCCUUGAGCAGAAACUAGUGAAGAAUCUCAUUGUGACUGUUGGAGAACAUAACCUCAGAAAGGCAGACGAGCAAGAACAGAACAUUCCUGUCUCACAAGUCAUUGUUCACCCUGACUUCAACAGACUUGGCUACAUGCAUUCUGAUAUCGCUCUGCUAUAUCUGAAAUACAGAGUAAAGUACGGACAUCGGGUUCAGCCAAUUUGCCUUCCCCACAAAGAUGAUAAAUUUGAGGCCGGGACUCUUUGUGUUGCUAGUGGCUGGGGCAGAGUGUCUGAGGCUGGUGAACUAUCUAAUGUUCUACAGGAGGUGGAGCUCCCCAUCAUUGAUAGGGGAACCUGCAGUGCCCUGUUAAAGCAAAUGCAUCUGCCUCCAGUAGCAAGCUCCAUGCUGUGUGCUGGCUUUCCUGAUGGUGGGAAGGAUGCUUGCAAGGGCGAUUCUGGAGGUCCUCUCGUGUGUAGAAGAGCCAGUGGCAUCUGGACUCUGGCCGGCGUCACAUCAUGGGGAGUUGGCUGUGCAAGAGGCUGGGAUGUCCUUGAGAAAAGCAUCAGUAAAAGGGGUUCCCCAGGCAUCUUUUCCAAUGUAGCUGAACUGAUGGACUUCAUCACCCAGAACAUUAUCCCUGCUGCAGAGCCAGAUCACCUUCCCCCACACUUUCCUGAAGGAUGCAGCUCCCAUGGAAUGCUGGUCUUUGGAGAAAGUGGCCGUAUUCAGUAUCCCCAACUCAGUGAGAGUAACUACCUAGAUAACAGCCUGUGCAUGUGGAAUAUAAUUGUGCCAGAAGACAAGAUUAUAUUGAUACAGUUCACCAGAUUAGACCUAGAGAGCCAGAUCACGUGUGACCAUGACUACGUGUCCUUCUAUUCGGACAAAAGAGAGCUAAUUGGUAAAAUCUGUGGAGAUGUGUUACCAACCCCCCUGCUGAUAGACUCUAACCGAGCAAUGGUUACUCUAGUUUCUGAUGGAAGCAACACCGGCAGUGGCUUUGAAUUCACCUUCACAGCUAUACAUAAGGAAUCGGAAGCAGGUUCUGGUUGUGGAAGUGUUGCAGUGCUGGUGGAAGAGGGAAAGAUUGAUACUGCUAAUUACCCUGGCUUGUAUCCCAGUAACGUGAAGUGCCAUUGGUUCAUUGAAGCCCCAGUAGAGAAAGUCAUAAAGCUGGAAUUUGAAGACUUUGCUGUUGAAUUCAGCGAGGGCUGUAUCUAUGAUGCAGUUGUCCUUUACAGCGACACACAAGAUGAGCACCAGCUGGCCAAUCUGUGUGGGUUCUCAACCCCCAGCUCAAUUCUGAGCCCUGGCAAUGAAAUGUUGAUACAUUUUGAAAGCGAUGGGGAGAACAACUUCAGAGGGUUUAAGGCCAGAUUCACCUUUGUUCCUUCAGCAGAAGAAGCUGAAUCAGUAGUUGCAGAACCAAUUGUUCUACAGACGACCACUCCAAAGAAUAUCCCCUUAGAUGUCUGUGGCUUUCCCCCAUUUAGUCCACAGUGGCUGUCCAGACGUGUUGUCGGGGGAGAAGAAGCAUGUCCCCAUUGCUGGCCUUGGCAGGCAGGCUUGCAAUUUUUAGGUGACCAUCAGUGUGGCGGUGUCAUCAUCAGUCCAACAUGGGUACUUACAGCAGCCCACUGUAUACAAACAAACAGACCACUGCAUUGGACUGUCAUCGUGGGAGACCACGAUAGAAUCCUGAAGGAGUCAACAGAACAGGUGAGAAGGGUGAAAACUAUUGUGGUGCACCCUGACUUUGAUACAGUGAGCUAUGACUCUGAUAUUGCACUGAUCCAACUGGAUGUCCCUCUGGAGUAUAACACUGUUGUGAGGCCAAUAUGUUUGCCCAACAGCACACAACCGUUAUCUUCCUCUGUUCUAUGCACCAUGACUGGCUGGGGGAGCACCCAAGAAGCAGAUGGGAGCCUUGCUAGUCGACUGCAGCAGACACAAGUACCCAUACUUGAGAGUGAAGUCUGUGAGAAAAAUUACUAUUUUAAUCACCCCGGAGGGAUCACAGCUAGGAUGCUUUGUGCUGGUUUUGCUUCCUCUGGAGGGCAGGAUUCCUGCCAGGGUGAUUCUGGUGGCCCAUUGGUUUGCUAUAAUGAAAAAGAGCCAUUUAUUCUUUAUGGCAUCAUCAGCUGGGGUGUUGGUUGUGCCAGGCCAAAGAAACCAGGAGUUUAUACAAGGGUGAGGGUCUUCCUGGAUUGGAUCAAAUCCACAAUAAGAGAGAUUGAACCAAAUGCGCUUCAGGUAAGUAAUAAUGGACAUGAAACCUUAACACAGACACCAAUGAAACGGCCUACAAAACUAACAGGAGCUGCAUACAGACAAGCUGAACUAUGUGGUGUCCUGCAGUCACCUAGGACCUUUCUGAGUCCUGGCCCUGUGGUGAAAGUGGUGUUCCAUUCUCUUACCCUUGCAGCCUUUGGCAUUGAGUACAUGGUCUUCAGAGUCCAAGGGCCAAAGAUUGGAAAGAUAGUGAAACGUCCCAAGGAUGUGAACCAAGAAUUGUCACGCUGCAGAGAUGUCAUUCUCACCGACCCGGAAGGAUUGAUCCAGUCACCAGGCUAUCCCCAUGGCUAUCCUAAUGCCACCAGCUGCCACUGGCGAAUUGUAGCCCCGUUAAAAUCCAUUAUUCGGCUUGAUUUCCUGGCCUUCUGGACUGAAAAGACUCUGUCUGGUUGCCACGGACAGCUGAUGGUGUAUGAAGGAUUUGAGCCAAGCAAGGAGUUAAUAGGUAACUUCUGUGGUGAAAUUUCACCCUCUCCUUUAAAGUCUGAUGGUCCAGUGGUGACGCUGACCUUCACGUCCAGUGCUGAAGUGGCUACAAAAGGGUUUGUUCUGACCUACUCUUUCCAUGAUCUACAACUUGGUUCUGCAUUAGGAAAAUUGAAAGCUGCUGAAAAAGGGUGUCCAGUCUUGGAUCUAAUUCCAGUUGGAUCUGCUGAGAUAACAUCUCCUAAUUACCCCAACACUUAUCCCAACAUGCUGAACUGCACCUGGACAGUUUAUUCCACUUCAGGAAAUAGGUUGAAAGCUGUGAUCAGAGACUUGGUAACAGAGAAUGCAAGAGACUGCAUUUGGGACUCUUUGAACAUCUAUGAUGGCCCAAAUCACUCUUCAGGGCUGCUCGCUAGUUUAUGUGGCCAAAAAAAGUCUCUCAGCCUGUUAUCAAGCAGCAGCUACCUGACUCUACAUUUCAAGACAGACAGGUCUGUGGGGAACAGAGGCUUUAAAAUUCUGUUUGGAGAGGUGAAUCAGUGGCCAGCACAGAAGAGUAGGAAUGGCAUAGAACUUGAAAGCAAAUACAAAUGUGGCGUUCCAGUGGUGGAUCCAUUCCCAGUGGACAAGUCUGAGAUGAAUGUGAAAGCAGUCAGUGAAGAGCCAGGCAAGCCCAGGGUGGUUGGUGGCAGCCCAGCACUUCAAAUGUCCUGGCCCUGGCUGGUCAGUCUACAAUACGAGAAUGAGCACUUCUGCGGAGGCUCUCUGAUUGCUGAGAAGUGGGUCCUAACAGCUGGACACUGUAACUUCAGUGCUCAGACAGACAGGAUAGUUCUGGGGAAAACGUAUUUGUUGCCAAACAUAAAAGGCAACAACCCUGUCCUUGUGAAAACUGUGCACACGCACUAUAACUUCAGUGGAUUUCCUUCCAGCAAUGAUCUCUCUCUCUUGGAACUGGAGAAACCCAUCAAACUCGGAGACUCUAUAGCAAUAAUUUGCUUACCAGAUAGAGAUGAGGAAAUAAGCAUUGAUGCAAGAUGCUUAACAGCAGGAUGGGGAGCAACAGAACCGGGCAAGGAUGAAUACUCCAUCAGGCUGCAGCAGACAAAUAUACCUCUCCUCUCCAACGAGGCCUGUGUGAGCUACUGGGGACAGGAUAUUAAAAAUACCAACAUUUGUGGUGGAGCUGCUGGAGCAACUGCUUGCUCGGGAGAUUCUGGAGGGCCACUGAUAUGCAUAAUAAAUGGUUAUUAUAAGCUGAUCGGCGUUGUGAGCUGGGGCAGUGAUAAUUGCCAUCCAAAGUCACCAACGGUUUAUACCAGAAUUUCUGCCUACAGGGACUGGAUUUCCUCAGUCACUCAUGGAAAAGUGUGAUUGCUGAACUGAACUCUUAUUUAUUCCUUUUUUAAAUGGGGAGGGAUGUGUGAAA